CUCAAAGAUCUCCGAAGUGCUUGUCAGUUUUCUAAGUCGGAGCCAUGGCGACAACAGCUCAGUAUAUUCCGCGGAAUAACUCAUUGCCUUCGAACCCGCUAAUGCAUCCUGAUUCGGACAGGAUGCACCAGGGGACGACCUACAGAGAGGUGCAGAAAAUGAUGCACCACGAGUACUUACAAGGGCUAGCGACCAACACGGGACAUCCGAUGAGCCUAACGCACCACCAGUGGCUGCCCACCUCCAACACCGACUGGACCAGCGGCACCCACAUCGGACAAGCGGAGCACAACAAAGGCAGUGUGCAGAGCAGGGAAGACCUGGGGAACGGCUAUCACAGAUCGCAUCUGGUCCACCAGCCGACGCAAAACAGCCACCACGGAUCAUGGGCGCCGACCACAACACACCACUUAUCCCCGCUCUCUCCAGCCUCCAAUGGUCACCAAUCGCUGGUUUACUCUCAGACGGGCUACACUAUGUUAAGCCCCCAGUCGUCGCUGCACCACAGCUUGCGGGACCCGCUCCACGAUGACGCGGGUAGCCUUGACAACCAGAUGGAGUCACCUCAGCAGCCGUUCAGCCACCAUCAGGACCACUCGGACGAAGACGCCCCGAGCUCCGACGACCUGGAGCAGUUCGCCAAACAGUUCAAGCAAAGGCGCAUCAAACUUGGUUUUACGCAAGCGGACGUGGGCUUAGCGCUGGGCACGCUCUACGGAAACGUCUUUUCCCAGACCACCAUCUGUCGAUUUGAGGCUCUGCAACUGAGUUUCAAGAACAUGUGCAAACUUAAGCCUCUGCUUAACAAAUGGCUCGAGGAGACCGAUUCAAACACUGGCAGCCCCACGAAUUUGGACAAGAUUGCAGCACAGGGCCGGAAACGAAAGAAGAGGACCUCCAUCGAAGUCGGAGUGAAAGGGGCACUGGAAAACCAUUUCUUAAAGUGCCCCAAGCCCUCCGCUCACGAAAUCACCUCUUUAGCUGGCACUCUGCAGUUGGAAAAAGAGGUUGUGCGUGUAUGGUUUUGCAACAGAAGACAGAAAGAGAAAAGAAUGACACCGGUGGGGGUCCCUCAUCCAACCAUGGAGGACGUAUACUCACAAGCGGAGACACCCCCUCUCCAUCACACGCUACAGAGUCCUGUCCAGUGACUGCUAUCGUAAACUGUGUACUUGUUUAAAAAAGAAACUACAAUGGAUUUUGUUUAUCCCCUUGGUUUAUCCCAAGUGACCAGAGACAGAAAGUUUGGGAAGAGUUCACGGACAGCUUACGGGAUGCCAAUAAUUCCGAAUAACGUGAAACUGCAUUAAUUAGCCUACAACGUCAGCUUCGCGUGCAUUUAUCAUAUCAGUACCAGUGUUUACGAAAAUCUUAUCGUUUGUGCCACUAUGGAAAAAAAUCGAUUCUUUCACCGCCGACCAAAGGGAGCUACGAGCCACAAAAGGGCAAUUUCUCCUGGACAAAGGAGAGUGGACAGUGCUUGUAUUAAAGCGAUCAACCAGAUUAAUUAUUACGAUGAUUUAUCCGAUAUUAUUAGUGUUGUUUACUUUUUUUUUACGUUAAGACGUUAAGAUAUUAUUUUUCUGUCUAGCGAGUAUUUUACUUUAAUAUCAACUAAGACGGUUGAAAUUCGUGAUGUAAAAGUACAGGCACUUGGUCAAAACCUCCAAAACAAGCAAGUGCACCAGAAACUGUUUACAAUGAUCAUUUCUUAGCACCUGCUAUCGUCUAAAGAUGCAUAGACGUUAAAAUGGCAACGUGAAUACACUGUCUGAAACUAUAUUUAGUCAUAUUGAGUUCUACUGCUUUCACUUUUGUCCUCUUUGCGUGAGGCACUUAUAAUGUUUUAUAAUGUUAUUUUAGUUUCAUUGCUUUCUUUUUUUAUGUAAACGACAUCAAUGCUUUGCUGGUUUACAGUUUUUUGAACCGGCACUAUUACAGCAAGGAAACAUAUUGAGAGUUAUGAGUCAAAAAGAAAGAAAUAUCUCAGGUAAUUUUCAGUGCCCAAAAAUCGUGCUGUACUCUUAGUUCUUCUUCAAUAUUGGCCAACUCUUGACACUCUCUAUGUCAGCUGUGCCCGUUUAGUUUAUGUGAAUUACAUUUUGCGUCCUACUCAUGAGCCUGGACACGGAGAAAAGUAGUUGGUAUAGUGAAAAAGGGAUGUGUUUUCUGGACUAUUUUUCGGGAUUGGGGGAAAAAUAGGAGGCUGGUAACGUUUGGUGUUGUUUCUCAAGAUCUGACAUUUUUCAUUGGACAGCAGGUGUUCAUUUCUACAGUGUUAUUUGAAACAGUGUGAAUAUACAACCUUUUCCAAAAAAAGUAAUAAAGAUAAAAAAAAAUAAUAAUAAUAAUUACAAGAGAAAAGAUUUUAAAUAAAUAGUUGUCAGGAUUAUUUCCAAUAUGUAAAUAUGUCGAAUAUGUAAACAUAUGUAUUUGUUCUGGGUUCGUUUUGUUUUGUUUUCCGGGCAGUUUUGUACACUUACUAAUUCCAAGAAGAUAUUUUAAUAUUUCAUUUAUGACCAUUUAUAUAUCUAUAUAUUUAUUUCCUACGUGUGUUUGGAGCUUUUUUUGUUCGGCUCUGAUGAUUAUGUUGCAGUGGAUUACAAAUGUUUUGUUUACUACAUUGGUUGUAUGUUGAUUGCGAAAUGUAGACUGCAAUGUCACGUUUAUAUUUAUGUUAUAGUAAUAUUUUAUUACUUACAUAAAA